AUGGUGAGGACGCGAAAAAAUAUCGAAAAUAUGGAAAUUUAUGACUACAUGAAGGAACUGAGUGAAAAAAUAUGGACCUAUCUUUUUGAAGAUUCCCUAGCACAUGAGGCAAUAUUACAAUCCCUAAAUGAGUUAGAACAAAUUAUCAUCUCAAGGUUGCUGUUCAUACAGCAGGUGGUGUCCGAAAGAGCAAUGCGCUUGUGGAUAAAUCCAAACUUUUUAAAAAAAUUAAGUGAAUGCAUAAAAAAUUUGGUCGAAGCGAAGAUUCUUGUAGAAAGCGAAACGAAAAAGGAUAAUUACAAUCAGUACAAAAUAAAUGAAAAAUUCAGACAUACAAUGCUGAACAAGAUUUAUAAAAAUAGAGAAGACAAGAUUUUUAUAUUUAAUAAUAACACGAAGGAACAAAUGGAAAAAGAAAAAAAUCUGCAUGAAAAAAAUUUAUAUCCCACGAAAGAAGAAAUUACGAAUUAUGCACACAUGAGGUGGAACAAUUUGCUCCAUUUUAUUGCCUCCCCGAAAUUAAGUCAUAUGAACAUUUACAUGAUUUACAAUAAUGGCAUAUCCGUGGAGCAAAAACACGAGGCAGAUAACCCUUCUCCUGAAGCCUUCCCAGCCAAUCGAAAUGACGACAAGGGGGACCCAAGCAGGAAUAAAAACGUAGACAAGGCUAACUCUUCCUGUUAUACCCCCUCAAGGAAAGGAAGGAAAAAGAAUCAGACGGACGAUGAGGAGUACCGGCCCGCUGGUUACUUCCAGUACGGGGGAACCUCUCACAGUGGGGGGAAUUACGCCGUGGAGAGAGAAGAAGACAACGAGGGGGAGGACGACAAUGCCGAUGACAAUGCAGAUGACAACGAGGAUUGCAACGACGACGCAGACGAUGAGGGGGAUACCUCAGACAAUGAAGAGAACAAUAGGAACGGGGAAAACCAAAACGAUACGGAAAAAUACGGGAAAGGGCCAAAUGAAGACACCAAAUAUGAUCAGUACGGGUACUACUACGAACAGGGUGAAUCUGUUGCCCCCCCCCUAAGUGGAACCACACAGAGGCUGAAUAGCCAUGAUGCAAAUUCAUAUUAUACCCAUCAUAGUAGGAUAAAGAGGAAGAAGAAAAAGAAGAAGGGAGUUUAUGCAUACAAGCAAAAUGAUCUCUAUUAUAGGAGCUUGCAAAAUGUGGAAAAUGGCUACGUGGAGGAAGACAAUAAUGACUACUCGUUUUUCUAUUCAAGUUCGAAGAAGGAAGCGCUCCCUUCGUAUAGCCCAUGCGAUAGCCUAAUCGAAGUGCUGAAGAGAAAAAACUUCAUACUACAAGAUGAUGCGAAUAGCAACAAGGCCGUGAACAUGAGUCGAGAAGCCUUCUCAUGGUUUCUCAAGGAUAUACGAAGCAGGAUAAUUUCCCUGGUCCUGGAAUAUUUGCUCAUAAUAGACGAUGGCUACGUCACAAACGUCGCACGGGAAAUUUCGACCAAAUAUAAGAAGGAGAAUAGUAGCACAAACGCCGGUAGCGGUGGAGGAAGCUCUGAAAAGGGGGAAAGUGGCGAAAGCAAUUACGGUGUCUAUGCCUCCUAUGCGAACCAUGCCGCUUACCCAAAACACCACGAAAGUGACGUCUUCUACAACGACCAGAUGCAAACAAUCCAUCCAGAGAAGGGAAAAAAGGAUGGAAGCGGAACCCCCUGCUACGUCAGGGAAGAAAAGAAGGACCAAAAGAAGUCAGAACUGUAUGUGAAGGAAACACUACUGCUAAUCUUAUCCAUUAGUCAGUGUACCAUUAGCCACCCCAUAUACCUCAACAAUUUAACCAAGGCACAGAAGGAAUUUAUAAAUUUUGGCAUUCAUAUUGGUCUUUUUUUAAAGGGCAGUGAGGAAUACGUCUUUGUAACUCCCUACGCGCUGCUUCUAACGAUUAAUAAUUUGAAUGUACAGAAUUACGUGGCUGUCAUGAACAGCCUUACACUAGAAGGCGUGUGUGAAAACGCAUACAACGAGUAUAGCGCGCUUGGCGAAGAUGGUGUGGACAAUCCUCUCCCCAGCAACAGUAGCAACGUUGGGGACACACGCAGCAUAGGCAUGGGCAGACAUGGCCACUCUGAUGGAGGGAUGAAAAAGAUAAGCGAAAAGUAUUUUCACCACUACUCUCUAUUACAAGAGGAGAGGAAGAGACACCCCACAAGUGGUACCCAUCAAAAUAUGGACCAUGCAAAACUUACACACGAAUUAGCUAACCAUAAUUUAUCCGCAGAAAAAAAAAUGAAUGAAAACAAUAACCUCGAAAUGGGGUUAAUUGUACAGAGCAAUUUCAAAGUGUACCUCUACACAAAUUCACCAUUGAAGAUAAAUAUCUUAAGUCAUUUAUGUGAAUUACAAGCAAGGACCCCCAACAUGGUAGUAGGAAUUUUGACCAGAAGGAGUGUCCUAAAUGCGUACAACUCGGACAUCACUGCAAAUCAGAUUAUUAAGUUUCUGGAGUCCUAUGCUCACCCGGGAAGAAGCAAUUUUAAAAGCUCCAUAAUACCUGUCAAUGUUAUCACGCAACUGAAGCUGUGGGAAUCGGAAAGACAUCGAUUAACUCUUGACGAUGCCAUCGUCUUUAAGUCUUUCGAAAAGGAAUUCCUUCCCCCCCUGUAUCAGCAAAUCGUUGUCUGGGCCAAUAGCAAAAAUUACCUACUGCAUUAUACGCCAUGGCCCAAAAAUGCCAACUCCCCAGAAUUCGACGCCUGGAUGAAGUCGGAAAAGUACCUCUGCUGCAUCUACGAAUCGAAGAAUGAAAUCAUCGAUAAGAUUAAGGAGAUUAGGGAGAAGCUCAUGAAGAAGCGGCAGAACGGGUAG